UAUGCAGAUGGUUAUAUGCGAUGGUAGUGCUAGGUAAAGGUUCAGCCAAUCAGAGCGCGGGUAAUGCAUCAGUAGAGAAUGGGGCCGGACAUGUGACUUUGGAUGGCGUGCGUGCAGUAAAUUUCCUGAAAAACGCAGUGGUUUGGUUACCGUGUAAUUCGAUACUUUGCCCUAAACAAUGGGUCCACAUGAGCUUCAAACGAAUAAUAUCUCGUACUGUCAUGUGAAAUAUGUUUUGUUGUACUCAAUUGUCGUGCAGAUGUGCAAAUCAACGGUAACUGAAGAUGUCAAAAUGUUGUCUGUGGCUCCAUUUAAUCUUACGAGCCGAUACAAUAACAUGAGACCCCAAUACUGUUUAUUCAAUAAAUAUACGAGUUGUUCAUCCUGAAAUACAUGGCCAGUCUGUACACGUUUGACCAAAGUAAUACUUAAAAGAGGAAGCUCUGCUGUGUUAAUACCUUACUGUCUGGUGUUUGAGGCAAUACCUCCAUCUAGCGUUUAAAAAUAACAAUAACAGUUUGGAAUUAUUUUACUGAUAUGCAUUGUCUCUAUGUUGCAUAUUAGAAAAAAAUAUUUAAAAAAAACAACAUAUAGGUCCAUGCACCUGGAAAUAUAGCAAACUUAUUAUUGCAAGGGCUAUUGUGUGCCUAAGUUCAUGCUUGUCUUUUUUCCAUUCAUAUUAGGUACAUUUUUAGUGUAUAUUUAAUUGAUUUUAACUUUUGACUUUAAUAUUCCCAAAUUACACAUUUUAAGCACACAAACCAUAUCUAUAUACUCACACCAAUAUGCAAAAUACAAAUGUAUCAACAGGAAUUAGCAGAACUUGUGUUACUAGGCUUAUAUAAUAUUUAUAAAAACACAAAUUAUAAUUUGAUUUGCAUAAAUGAAGGCAAGGAAACUUUGUUGGAGGUGCAGUACACAAUUUUGUUGCUACACAUCCUCGACAUGAUAGGUAUAGUGCCAUCACUGUCCUACUCAGCUGUGGGAUAUUGGUAAUUGACAGUAACUUCAAACAUAAUGUUCAUAUAAUACCACUGCUAUUAGUUAGUCCAGUGCAGAGACUAGGCAGCUAUGUCUCAGAUGUUCCCCAGGAUGAUUCAUUCCCUUGUUGUGAUAAUCAGCUCUGCCGAGGAGACAGCAGACAGUAACCAAAUCCUUGACACAGACAUAAAUGCCCAUUAAGCAAAGGAUACCUUUCAGUGAGUCCAGGUCCCCCCUCCCUGUAUCCCAGUUUGCUCUCACCUGUUGACAGCUGUGGUGGUGUUAGCGCUGCUGCUUCCACUGCCCAUGUUGCUGUCUCACCAGGUGCUGUCAACCUCUGCCUGGAUAUACACUACUCCACAACCUGAGGCCAAUGGAUACACCUGUCCAGUGGAAAACAGCCACCGAGAGAAAGAGGCAGGUGUGCCCUUUAAGAGGGGGAGCAGCUGAGGCAAGGACAGCAUCCAAGUCUCCAUCCUCUGUGAAGGUUGUUCGGUGUGCAAGAAAGAGAGCUGGUCAACUCCGGUUUUCUGUUCUCGUUCCUUCCCCCUGGAAAUUAGCUGCAAUGGUUGGCAGUAGUCAAAGGCCUAAACCUGUCUGAGUGAGCCCUAUGAACAAUAGACCCAAUGGACAUCAAAGGCCAGUGUUGGACAGACGAGGAGUCGGAUGGGGAGAACGAGUCGGAACAGUUCCUGUACGGCAUUCAGGGGAGCUGUGCUGCUGAUCUGUACCGCCACCCUCAGCUGGAUGCAGAUAUUGAGGCAGUAAAAGACAUCUACACUGACAGUGCUGUCUCUGUCAGGGAGUAUGGAACCAUUGAUGACGUAGACAUCGAUCUUCAUAUUAACAUCGGUUUCUUAGAUGAGGAGGUUGCAACAGCUUGGAAAGUAAUCAGAACAGAGCCCAUUAUUCUGAGACUGCGCUUUUCUCUUUCUCAGUACCUCGAUGGACCUGAGCCGUCAGUAGAAGUGUUCCAGCCCUCCAAUAAAGAAGGCUUCAGUCUGGGCCUGCAACUCAAAAAGAUCCUGAGCACGUUCACCUCACAGCAGUGGAAGCACCUCAGUAAUGAGUUCCUCAAAGCCCAGCAGGAGAAGAGGCACAGCUGGUUCAAAGCCGGAGGAACCAUCAAGAAGUUCCGUGCCGGGCUCAGCAUCUUCUCCCCCAUACCCAAGUCUCCAAGUUUCCCUCUGAUCCAAGACACGGUUUUAAAAGGGAAGCUGAGUGUCCCUGAGCUGAGAGUGACCCGCCUGAUGAACCGUUCUAUCUCAUGUACCAUGAAGAACCCUAAAGGGGAGCUCUUCAGCUAUCCACCAAACAGCCAGACUGUGGCUGUCCCGGCGGCCAGGGCCCCUGCGCAGAUUACCACGAGGCAGCUGAUUGAAUUGUUUUUCUCAUCCCAGGCGGGCGGCCACUGCAAGAACAUCCCUACCUUGGAGUAUGGCUUCUUAGUGCAGAUAAUGAAGUACUCAGAGCAGAGGAUCCCCACGCUCAACGAGUACUGCGUGGUCUGUGACGAACAGCACGUCUUUCAGAAUGGAUCCAUGCUCAAGCCAGCUGUGUGCACAAGGGAGCUGUGUGUGUUCUCCUUCUACACUUUGGGUGUGAUGUCCGGUGCUGCAGAGGAAGUGGCCACUGGAGCAGAGGUGGUGGACCUACUUGUGGCUAUGUGUCGAGCUGCUCUUGAGUCUCCCCGUAAGAGCAUCAUCUUUGAGCCCUACCCAUCAGUCGUUGACCCCAAUGACCCCAAGACUCUGGCCUUCAACCCAAAGAAGAAGAAUUAUGAGAGGCUGCAAAAAGCGCUGGAUAGCGUCAUGUCCAUCCGGGAAAUGACCCAGGGCUCAUAUUUGGAGAUCAAGAAACAGAUGGACAAACUGGACCCUUUGGCCCAUCCCCUGCUACAGUGGAUUAUUUCCAGUAACAGGUCUCAUAUUGUCAAGCUGCCUCUCAGUAGGCAACUGAAAUUCAUGCACACCUCCCACCAGUUCCUGCUGCUCAGUAGCCCCCCAGCCAAGGAGGCUCGUUUUCGCACUGCUAAGAAGCUAUACGGCAGCACCUUCGCCUUCCAUGGUUCCCAUAUAGAGAACUGGCACUCUGUUCUGAGAAAUGGACUAGUCAAUGCCUCUUAUACCAAACUGCAGCUGCAUGGGGCAGCGUAUGGAAAGGGCAUCUAUCUGAGCCCCAUCUCCAGCAUAUCUUUUGGAUACUCAGGAAUGGGGAAAGGACAACACCGCAUGCCCACCAAAGAUGAACUGGUGCAGCGUUAUAACCGCAUGAACACCAUACCACAGAGCCGUCCGAUACAAUCAAGGUUUCUUCAGAGUCGAAAUCUGAACUGCAUCGCUCUUUGUGAAGUGAUCACAUCUAAGGAUCUGCAGAAACACGGCAACAUCUGGGUGUGUCCAGUGUCUGACCACGUCUGUACUCGUUUCUUUUUUGUGUAUGAGGAUGGCCAAGUAGGAGAUGCCAACAUUAACACCCAGGAGCCUAAGGUGCAGAAGGAGAUCAUGCGUGUGAUUGGGACCCAGAUCUACUCCAGCUAAUGGUGGUUCACCAGUGACGCUUGGAUCCAUACGUCUCUCUGGCGGAGGCACACAGGCAGGACAGAUAGAGCGAAUGUUUGGGUGAGCUGACCUCAGGCCUGAUACUGAAGGUCGAGGGAGCUCUUGAGCACAUUAUACCUAAAAGUCGAUUUUGUUCUGUUCCUCUCAUUCUGCUCUUUCUCCUCUGUUCCUCUUCUCCAAAUGGUUACACAUUACAUGUUCAUUUAACCUUCAGUUAGUUUUAACUUGGCUAAAGUCAGUCUGCUUUUCUCAGUUUGUGACAUUUACAACAGAACUGAAACACACACUGGUGAAGGGAAAAAGGAAGUAGGCACUGGAAUGGCUCUCGACACACACUUACUUUCAAAUCCUGGGUUGACUGAGUUUUUUUCCUUUCUUGCUGCACUUUUACUGGACUAAUUAUCUCUAUUUAUUAUUUCUCUUUGUGAAUAUCUACUAAAAAAUAAUUCCAAAUGGUAGAUCCCUUUGUGGCAAAUAAGUGGUGGAUUUACAUGCACAUAGAAGUUUGUUCUCUUAUUGUGUUUAAAGCAUUAUCUCUGAUCCCUUUAUUUAAUAUUCUUUGACUAAUGACAUGAAUUAAGGUCUGUGAUAUGGUUAUCUGAGAGGGAAGCAUUUACUCUGUCAUUUUGUCCUUGUCCACCUGAUGAAACUCCCAGAAUCCAAUAAGCGAGGUGUGGCUUGAACUCAAGUUACAUACACUAUAGGCACUUUGUUUUUGAUAACAUUAUCAAUAGUAUUAUGAUUUUUCAUGACAGAAUUAAGACCAUUCUGAUUGAUAAAGCACCUUCAAAACCUCAUAGCCCUAAAAUGUCAAAUAUGCAGGAAUUAAGGGAAAAAACAAAACAAAACAAACUUUUUUAUCUUUCCUGCCAGAUGUGUAAAUUUUAAGGUUUCAUACACCGAUCAUAAAAUUCUUUUAAAGCUCCAAUAAGUUAUAUUUAUGCUAUGAGCACUGAAGGAAAUGGUGCUCUGUAAUGUAGAAGGGUUGGUAGUGUCUCACGGAAAAUUAAUACCUUACUCUGGAGCUUUUUACAGCUUUCAGUUGCUUUUAAUUCAUUGUUUCAGUUUGCUAAGGCUAGCUUCUGUUCCACCAGCCUUUUAUCUGAAUUGCUGAAACAUGGUACUGAGAGAAUCUAUUUAUUUAACCUGAAUGAGUAUAUACUACUAUACGUACUAGUAAAUCUUGAGCAACUCAUCGUUUUAACGAGGAUUAAAAAAAAAAAUCAUAGCCCCUUGAACGUUUUGAUAUGUGCUUAUGUUAAAUGCUAACAUGAAUGCUAAUGCUAGUUGUUAUUAAAAUGACAAAGACAUUAGCCAUAAACACAUAAUAAGACAACAGUGUAUCAAGGCUCAGUUGCGGUGAGUUUGGUUUGAUGUUUUUCUCCUUCCCUGUGGAGAAAUGUUGCUUAAAGGAGGAUAUAUGAGGCCAAAUACUAAACCGGUCACUGUUGAAGCUGUGGGGGUUUCCCCUCAACAACAGCAAUAUAGACAUGAAAUUAUACAUAUAUGAGUAUCCUCUCACUCUCUCUGAAAUAAAAAUAUAGAAAUGAGAAGACAAGAGAGCGUGUAAUGUGCAAAUAGGAAAGACUUACAUGAAGUGAAGAGAUCAUUUACCAAACUGCCAUGCACCUUAGAUUUAGUAUUGAUUCUUAAAAGAAAACAGUGGAUUGGAUUCAGUCUGUAAACAUGUUAUAUCCGUUUGUUGAGAGAGAUAUUUAGUUUCCUAUGUUUUAUGUAAAGAAAAAAAAAACAAUUCUUGUUCUGUGCCAUCUUUUUGUUAAAGUAGGCAUCACUUUUUCUUUAAGUGGUGGAUAUCUCAUUUUGGAAUAAAUCUCUUUGUGUAUGAACUACACAUCCCAUUGGAUUCACGACCUACAAAAUCCACUGUACAGAAAAUCAUGAACAGUUUUACCAAAUAUCUACUGACAACAUCCAGUCCAGGUGAGCUCACAUCCUCCCCACUCCCACCUAAUGGACACUGGAUGUUAUAAAGAUGCAUUCUUGUGCAACUCUACAGUUUCACCUCGGAGAAUGACGACCUUGUAUAGCUAAUCAAGUUUAUCAGUUAGUCAUGUACUGUAUGUAUGUAUGUAUGUACGUGUGGGUUUGUAUUUUCUUGACAUUAUACUAGACAUUGCACUUAAUCAACGUUUGCCUAAACUGGAGAAAUGGACUGUCCUCAGACCUGCAGUGGACGGGUAAUGGAGGAAAAGGACAAAAAAGAAUAUUUGAGUCAGCUAGACUAUAAUAUCUAACAUCCAAACUAUGUCUGUAAGAUGGGCUUUCAGUGUCUCCUGGAACUGAAAAUUCAGACUACUGAAUAGACUUUGAGACACUGAAAGGGAGCGAACUGUAAAUAAGGACAUUGGAGAACCUGUUGUGUAUUGCCCUGAAAGAGGUGGACAUGUACAGCUGACUCAUUGUGUUGCUGGACUGUGCUAAUAGCUGAUGCCUGUUUUCGCCAAGAGGUUUGAACUGCGAGUCUCUUUGAAAAUCUAUUCUCUCGCUGUCUGUCUCUGGUGAGGAAUGUUUUCAAAGAUGAUGUCUACGACAAUGAUGGUGAUUAUGAUGAUGAUGGUGAAAGGUGGCGAUGUGGAGGAAAAAAAAAGAAUAAAGCCUGAUUUUGCACAGUUUUA